ACUAGUGAGGGAUGGGAAGAGAGAGAAAGAGUGAAACCAGUCUCGUGAAUCAGCAGAACUAAGAACGAAAGAUGGAGAUACAAAAGAGGAGAGAGAAAUUACGGAAAUAAAUGCUUAACCCCAACCCCCUUUUCUUCUCUUCCUCUUCUUCUUCCUCUUUUUCUUUCUCUCUCCUCCCCUUUCACUCUCCUCUGUAAAAAUCACUCACCCAGAACCCCCAAAUCCAAACCCCCUUUCCUUUCCUUAGUUUAAUAACACUCACAUUCUUUGCUUUCUUUCACGAGAUCCCCAUCUUUCUCUCUCCUCUUUCUUACAUGUCUUCUUCUUCUAACCCUUUUCGACAUUUUCUCUCUCUCCUUUCUUCUUCUUGACUCGCAUUCACAUUGUUCUAAGGAUUCUAGAUUAUACCGAGUUUUUCAAUUUUGUUUUUGUUUUAAGGAUUUACUUUCCUUUUUGGGGAGAUUAAAAAAUGGCGAAUACAGGAAAACCCGUUUCGGAGCUAGGGAUAGAUACCCUUUCAGAUCGAUUGAAAGAGUCGUUUAGCAAUAAUAAUAUCAAUAGUAAUAAGCCCGAUUUCCGAGAACUCGAUCUGGGCUCACCCGUUUCUCCUUUACGGACAGCUCGGGCGAGUGGACCCGCCCCGAGUUCACUCACUACUACUACCACUACGACGACGACUACCAGCAGUUCGUCAAGCUCAUCCGGGUCGUUUACGGGUCGGAAAAACGAUUCGAAUCCGGUUGCGAAGGGUCAUUCCGGCGAGCUUACCGGUUUGAAUGAGUCAACCCCGAGGACUCGCCCGGGUCAUAAACGGUCCGACUCGACCGGGUCGACCGGGUCCCACCCGCUUAUAUACUCCGGCGGGGGUGGAUCUUCGGUGAAUUCACCUCCACUGAAUGUUCUGCCGACGGGAAACAUCUGCCCGCCGGGGAGGACCCUAAAGACGGGCAUGGCGGCUGCCCGGCCGGCUUCGCGGCCGGAUGUGUUAGGAUUAGGGAAGGCAAAUUACGGUCACGGGAGCAUAAUGCGUUCGGGAAAUGUUGCGCCAAGGUCCGGUGAAAUGCAAGUUGGUGGUCCGCACGGUGGUGGACCUGGCGGUGGGGAUCCAUUGAAGCGGGCGAUGGGUAGCUCGGAUCCGGAGGAGGUGAAGAGGUUGGGGAAUGAGCAGUAUAAGAGGGGUAAUUUUACUGAGGCGUUGAGUUUGUAUGACCGAGCAAUUGAGCUUUCGCCGUGCAAUGCCGCUUACCGGAGUAACCGGGCUGCGGCAUGGACAGGUUUGGGUCGGGUUUCUGAGGCGGUAAGAGAUUGUGAGGAUGCUAUUAAGAUGGAUCCUGAUUAUGGAAGGGCUCACUUGAGAUUAGGGUCUUUGCUCAUUAGGUUAGGACAGGUAGAUGUUGCUAGGAAGCACCUAUUCUAUGCAGGACAUCAGCCUGAGGCAACAGAACUCCACAAGUUACAAAUAGUGGAGAAGCAUCUAAGUAAAUGUUCUGAUGCCCGGAAAAUUGGUGAUUGGAAAAGCGCAUUGCGGGAAGGAGAGGCUGCCAUCGCUGCUGGAGCUGACUAUUGUCCUCAGCUUUUUUCAUGUAGAGCAGAAUGCCUUUUAAAGCUCCAGCAACUUGAUGACAUAGAUAACAUCCUGUCGCACAUACCGAAAGUUGAACCAUCCCCGAACUGCUGCUCACAUAGUAAGUUUUUUGGGAUGCUUUCUGAGGCUUACCUCUUUUAUGUCCGAGCCCAGAUCGAGAUGGCACUUGGAAGGUUUGAGAAUGCAGUUACCUGUGCUGAGAAAGCCGGGAAGAUUGAUCCUAGGAAUGUUGAAGUUGGAAAACUGCUAAACAAUGUGAGGCUAGCGGCAAGAGCUCGUGCACGUGGAAAUGAUCUCUUUAAGUCAGAAAGAUUUACAGAAGCUUGCGCAGCUUACGGAGAAGGCUUGAAGCUUGACCCAUCCAACUCGGUUCUUUUUUGCAACAGAGCUGCCUGUUGGUUUAAACUUGGGAUGUGGGAGAAAUCCAUUGAAGAUUGCAAUUUUGCUCUUCGUAUCCACCCUAAUUACACCAAGGCACUUCUUCGAAGAGCUGCCUCAAACAGCAAGCUUGAACGAUGGGCUGAUGCUGUUAAAGAUUAUGAAAUUUUGAGGAAAAAAAUUCCACAAGACAAUGAAGUUGCUGAAUCCUUAUUCCAUGCUCAAGUUGCAUUGAGGAAAUCACGUGGGGAAGAGGUAUUCAACAUGAAGUUUGGUGGUGAAGUAGAGGAAAUUUCAUGCGUUGAGCAAUACAGAGCUACGAUAUCUUCGCCAGGUGUCUCUGUGGUUCAUUUUGAAAUUCCUUCAAAUCCACAAUGCAAGCGCAUAUCUUCUUUCUUGGAUGUUCUGUGUGGUCGAUACCCUGCUAUCAAUUUCCUCAAGGUCAAUAUUGAGGAAAGCACAGAUGUAGCAAAUGCUGAAAAUGUGAGGAUCGUACCGACGUUCAAGAUAUACAAGAAUGGUAGUCGGGUGAAGGAGAUUGUAAACCCAACAAGUGACGUUUUGGAAGCUACGGUGAGACACUAUAGUCUUUAACACACAGACAUGACUGGUAUAGUUUAUACCCAGAGGUUUUCCGGAAAUUCUCUUCUCUUCUCUUCUCUUCUUGCCGACCCAAACAACCUUAAUGAAUGCCCUCUCAUUCACAAACUUAUUGUCAGGAGUCCUACCACUUACAAAACUUAAAACUUAAAACUCAAAUCUUUUUCCAUCCAUGUAAGGAUUUACUGCUAGUUCACAUGUGACAUAAAAACCCCGAGCUGCACAAUAAUCCCAUUUGAAGAGCCAAUGGCAGAGGAACAAGAGGAGAUAGCUUAGAACAUUCCCCCUCCCCCCCUCCCUUCCUUUUGCACCUUCUUUAUAAAAUUUAUUCAUUCAUUGUCCCACCACCUUCUCUGGUUCCCACUCUCAUCUACUACCCCCAUAUUGCCCCUUUUUUCGAUUUUUAUAUUUUUCUUUUUUCAUGUUCUCUAAGCCAGCAUGCAUCAUUCUUGUAAAACUCAUCCCACCCUUGCCUUAAAUCUCUGUUUGAAAAUGAAAGAAUAGAAAACCAAGAUGUGUGUGUGUGUAUACUUCAGUUCAGUUAGGCGCAUUCGAGAACAAGCGAGAAGACAUAAUAGAGGUGGGCUGGCUGGCUAGUAGGAAAGAGGGAUUCUGUACAUGUAUAUAUGUUGAAGAUAUAUACAACAACAACAACAACAAAAAAAAUACAAUUCAAGGCCAUGAUGGAGAUUGGAUGUAUGGUGGGUAAUUUCAUGGGUUAGUGAAUAGAAAGGAUGAAUAUGAUGAAAUGAAUGUUUUCUUAAAUUAUAAUUAUUUUCUUGUUACUUUGUUCAAUUAUUUUCAUCAAUAAAAUCCCCCCUCCCCCCAGAAUAUAUAAA